AUGGUGGCUAAAACCAGGAAACAGAUCGGGAAGAGUCCGGGUCAGACCCAGACCGAGCGCGAUAGAAACCUUCACCAUGUUUCACCUCACAGCAAAAGUAACAUACGGCGACCAGGCAGGGAGAGCAAGGCUUUCUCUCACCCAAACGGGCUGGCAGGAAUCGGGCACAAGCUCGGGCUAACUUCUUGCUCGGUCUGGAAGCUGGGUGUCACGGUGCUACUUGCUGGGCUGACUGGAUAUCUGCACUGGUACCAUCUGUCUCAGCUCUUUGAGAAUGACAGGCACUUUUCCCAUCUGUCAAACCUGGAGAAGGAGAUGGCUUUCCGAACAGAAAUGGGCCUGUACUAUUCUUACUACAAGACCAUUAUCGAGGCUCCUUCGUUCAUGGAUGGACUCCACAUGAUCAUGAACGAUCGACUAACUGAGUAUCCUCUGGUUAUCAACACUCUGAAGAGGUUCAAUCUCUAUCCUGAGGUGGUCCUGGCCAGCUGUUACCGCGUGUACACAGGUGUUAUGGGCUACUUUGGGAUCCCUACAAAGAUGUGCUGGUCCAUUAACAGAGGAGAGGGACUCACUCCUGUGGAUAGCUGUGAAGGGCUGGGCGACCCGGCGUAUUUCUACGUAGCCUGUAUCUUCCUGCUAAAUGGAGCAAUGAUGAGCCUGUUCUUUAUAUACGGCACCUACCUCAGUGGAAGCCGAUUGGGUGGUGUUGUCACCAUAUUGUGUUUUUUCUUCAAUCACGGUGAAAGCACUCGUGUGAUGUGGACUCCACCCCUGAGGGAGAGCUUUGCCUACCCGUUUUUAGUCCUGCAGAUGCUGCUUCUCACCUACAUUUUACGCACACAAAACCCAAGCAGGACAUCCAUGGUCGCCCUAGGCAUCUCCAAUUUAUGCUUCAUGCUGCCUUGGCAGUUUGCUCAGUUUGUGCUCCUCACUCAGGUGGCUUCUCUGUUUGCGUCCUACAUCCUGGGCUACCUUGCUGCUGCAAAGAUGCAGUCUAUCCUUGUCACUCACAUGGUCACGCUGGGGUUCUGCUUCAUCCUGAUGUUUGGGAACUCAAUGCUUCUCACAUCUUUUUAUGCCUCUUCUCUCAUUUCCAUAUGGGUCAUCAUCGCUUUAAGAGAUCGGUUCAUCCAGUUGUUCAAACCUGGCAUUAUCAUCUGGGUCAUGCAGGGUCUAGCCUGGGUUGGCUCCACAGUUCUGCUGAAAUUUCUGCUCUCCACUGUGUUUGGUGCCUCUGAUGAUGCUCACAUCAGUGGACUGAUCAAAUCCAAAUUCACAAGUUACAAAGACUUCCACACUCUGAUGUACACCUGUGCUGCUGAGUUUGACUUCAUGGAGUUUGAGACGACUGUCCGUUACCUUAAAACGCUGCUGCUGCCCAUCAACCUGCUGGUGGUCGCGCUCAUUGCAGGCAGGACUGUGCAGGAUUUGUUUCGGACUCUAACACAAGAAGCAAAGACGUCUAGAAAGACGGAAGAUGUUGACGAAGCUACAGGGCCUGAUGUAGCUGCGAAAGGAGAGAUGGUGUACCACAGCCUACAGCUGGUAGCGUUUGCCGUCCUGGCCAUCCUCAUCAUGCGUCUGAAGCUCUUCUUGACUCCUCACAUGUGCAUCAUGGCGUCUCUCCUUUGCUCCCGACAGUUGUUUGGGUGGAUAGGUGAGAAGUUCAGGCACCAGGCUGUAGUUGUUGGAGUCAUGGCGAUGAUGGCGAUACAGGGAGUUGCCAACCUGCAGGCCCAGUGGGGAAUCAUUGGAGAGUUCAGCAACCUGCCACAGGAGGAGCUGCUGGACUGGAUCCAGGAAAACACCCGCCCAGACUCUGUGUUCGCCGGAGCCAUGCCUACCAUGGCCAGCAUAAAGCUUUCUGCUGGGCGGCCUAUUGUCAACCACCCCCACUACGAAGACGCCGGUCUCAGGGAGAGAACCAAGCUGGUUUAUUCCAUGUAUAGCCGCAUGACUGGAGAAACUGUUCAACGAAACCUAAAGAAACUGGGGGUGGACUUCUUCGUCCUGGAGGAUUCCUGGUGCACCAGACGGACCAGACCCGGCUGCAGCAUGCCAGAGAUCUGGGAUGUAGAGAACCCUGAGAACGUUGGAAAAACUCCCUUCUGCACCCACAUGUCCAGGAACUCGCGGCCCUACUUCAACACAGUAUUUUCCAAUGACAUCUAUAAAGUUCUCAAAGUCCCCAAAGAUGUGAGAUAACAGUGCUGGACUGAUGAGACCAACUUUUUCUGGUUGCACACUUCUGUUUCUUUUCUUUCUUCCCUCAACUUAAACUGCAGUGUCUCUGCUUGUAUGACACAAAAAAAAAUUACAUGCCAUAACUCAGUGGCUGCCCUCACUGCCCAAUACGUAUGAUGCCGUAUUUUUUUCUUUGUCUUUCUGAUCCAAACUCAUCACUGUGUUCAUGUCAGGGUCCAUGUGAAAGCCAAAAGGUGUCACCGUGUCUCAUCCAAGACGUCACCUUGGCUCCGGUGUGAUUCUUCCUUGUUUUAAAGGAUGCGUCCGUAUUAUUUCUCCUGUUUUCAUUUCAAGUGUCGUUUCAGUCGUAAGCGUUCUGUCAGUGAUGUCCACAUACUGUGAAGCAAUACUCUUUGCAAAGUUGACAAAAAAAGAACAUUUCCUCUGUUGUUAUGCACAGCAAAACUGUUUUUCUGUAGUACAGUAUUUUUAUAAUUUAUUUGUGUGCGCAGUUUUAUGCAACUUUAAGAUUUUAGGAUGUCUCUAUGUUCCGAGGCUGUUUUCUAUUACAUGUCAUACAGUAUUACUGAAGGAUCCCACCAAUUUUAAACCUUGUUACUUUUGUUGUAAUCUGGAAAGAUUCCCUUUUCUUUUUUUUAGGGAUGAAUGUAUAUACUUCUCCAAACUGCCCUGGUGAAACUUUUUUUAUACUUGUUUUGUAAAAAUACUGAUGUUUAGCUUUUAAAAUUGUUCUAAUUGUGUUUGUUGCCAAAGGAAGUCUUGUUAUUAAAACUACGUAUUCAGGGUACUCCACCUCAUGACAGAUGUUUUUAU